GAAACUUAAAAAUGUCGUCCACGUCCACCGACGAGGUGCUCAAGAACCCUCCGUGUUUCCGCACUGGUCUCAUGUGGGGCAUUGGCGUCGCCAGUGUUAUCGGCGCCCACCGUUUCCGCACCACCAGACUCGUCCGCUCGUCGUGCGACUGGGCGAUUGGCGCUUUCGGACUCGUCGGCGGGGGCAGCUGGCUAUUCUGCACUACUGCGUACCGUCUCCGAGCGCGUCAAACCCGUGAAUUCAUGGAGGUUAUGAACAAUCCGGACCGCAAGGCCGAGGCCGAAAAGUUCUUGCGCUCUCGGGUGGAGACUCGACCAUCAGACCAAGAGCAGCAGUAGAGCGAAAGUACAACAAUAGACGGAUGCUGCGAGUUGUUAAUAUUUUGUGCCAGCCGUCC